AUGCACGUCAAUGGCAAGGUGGCCCUGGUCACUGGCGGGGCGCAGGGUAUCGGCAGGGCUUUCGUUCAGGCGCUGCUAGGCAAGGGCGCGAAGGUGGCCCUGCUGGACCGCAACUCCGAGGCCGGGCAGGAGAGCAAGGCGGUCCUGGAUGAGCAGUUUGAAGCUCAGAGGACGGUGUUCAUCCAGUGCGACGUUACGGAUCCGGAGCAGCUAAAAGGUGCUUUCAAAAAAGUAACUGAACAUUUUGGAAGGCUGGAUAUUGUGGUUAAUAAUGCUGGAGUGAACAAUGAGAAGGACUGGGAAAGCACUAUACAAAUUAACUUGGUAAGCAUUAUCUCCUUUCAUGUGUUCAUACUUUAUUUAAUGCUGGAAUACACUUAA